AUGGCCCCGCUGUGGUGGCUGCUGGGCUCGCUGGUGGCCGCGGUGGCGGGCGGGGGGUCGGUGGAGCAGCCCCCGGCCCCCGAGCCCGCCUGCCCCGUGUGCCUGUGGCGGCGGCAGAGCAAAGAGCUGCGCCUGGAGAGCAUCAAGUCGCAGAUCCUGAGCAAGCUGCGGCUGAAGGAAGCGCCCAACAUCACCCGGGAGGUGGUGAAGCAGCUGCUGCCCAAGGCCCCCCCGCUGCAGCAGCUCCUGGACCUCCACGACUUCCAGGGGGACUCGCUGCAGCACGACGAGUACCUGGAGGAGGACGAGUACCACGCCACCACCGAGACCGUCAUCAGCAUGGCCCAGGAAACCGACCCGGUGGUGCAGAUCGAGGGCAACCCGCACUGCUGCUUCUUCAACUUCAGCCCCAAGAUCAUGUUCACCAAGGUGGUGAAGGCGCAGCUGUGGGUGUACCUGCGGCCGGUGCAGCACACCUCCACCGUGUACCUGCAGAUCCUGCGCCUCAAGCCCGUCACGGACGAGGGCAGCCGCCACAUCCGCAUCCGCUCGCUCAAGAUCGAGCUCAACUCGCGCGCCGGCCACUGGCAGAGCAUCGACUUCAAGCACGUCCUGCAGAACUGGUUCAAGCAGCCCCACAACAACUGGGGCAUCGAGAUCAACGCCUUCGACCCCAACGGCAACGACCUGGCCGUCACCUCGCUGGGGCCCGGCGCCGAGGGGCUGCACCCGUUCAUGGAGCUGCGCGUCCUGGAGAACAACAAGCGCUCCCGGCGGAACCUGGGGCUGGACUGCGACGAGCACUCGACGGAGUCGCGCUGCUGCCGCUACCCGCUCACCGUGGACUUCGAGGCGUUCGGCUGGGACUGGAUCAUCGCCCCCAAGCGCUACAAGGCCAACUACUGCUCGGGCCAGUGCGAGUACAUGUUCAUGCAGAAGUACCCGCACACGCACCUGGUGCAGCAGGCCAACCCGCGCGGCUCGGCCGGGCCCUGCUGCACGCCCACCAAGAUGUCCCCCAUCAACAUGCUCUACUUCAACGACAAGCAGCAGAUCAUCUACGGCAAGAUCCCCGGCAUGGUGGUGGAUCGCUGCGGCUGCUCCUAG